AUUCCAGUACUGCUCUUUCUCUCACAGCCUCAACACCUCCAAAAACCCUAAAAACCAGUCAGAAAAACUGGAAAAAGCUUUCUCUGUUAACGGAAAAUCAUCAAAAAAGCUUUUUAAAAAAGUAAAAUUAACGGUCAUCUCGGGAUUUCAAGCCCCUUCUGACCGUUGAUUUCUUCCAAUCAUUGUCUCAUUUUUGUGGAUUUAACUUCUUUACCAUUUGGCUGCUCCAUAUGGUAAUUUUGUGUUCUAAAUGUGGAGGUGUGGAUGAAUUUAUGAUGCAAGGUGCUAUCUUUUCUUGAGUUGUAGUGGAGGUAAAUUUCAUUGUCAAAUAGCUGCGUAGAAGCUAAAUGAUCAUGGAGAAUCUGGAAGUUGUAGAUUCUGGGGUUGAACCAUGUUUUAAUGAUUCUAUGCAAACGAGUGAUGAUUUUAAAGAUAGUGAGAAUUUGGGUGUUGAUAUUCUUGCUGAUUUGGAUUCUUAUUGGCAAGAUAUCAAUGACCGGUUGACCUUAUCCAGAAUGGUAAGUGACUCUGUCAUAAAGGGCAUGGUGACUGCCGUUACACAAGAGGCGGCAGAGAAAAUCUUUCAGAAAGAACAAGAAAUUGCAGAGUUGAAGGAAAUGUUAAAUGCUUAUCGUGUUGGUAUGGAUGAAGAAGAAACCGUUGGGUCUUUGGCAAGGGAACAUGAGUCGAAAGUUAAGGUGCAUUGUUGCUUUGAUGAAGCCAUUACUGAGCAUGAUAGGAUGAAAGACAAUUUGGGCAGUCUUAGAAACACAGGUAGAGAACAGUUCGCGAAGCUUAAGAAAGAAAUCAACCAGUUAAGAGGGUGUAAUUCUAUAAAAAGGAAAAGUUCUAGUUCGGAGUUGUUGGGAUUGGGUGGCAUACUGCAUGAAAAUUCAUCUGAAAAAUGGUGUGAUGUGGAUAAGACACUUGAUAGCCUCAACAACACACUAGAAACUAUUUGUAAAGGGGUGGAAGACAUAGUUCACUUGUCUAAGGGAUCACUGCAUGAAUGGAAGCUAGAGCAGGAGUUUCAAGCAGAAAUUGAAGCACUGGUGAUGGGGAACUGUAUUCAUAGUCUUGAGCGAGAGUUUGAAGAAAAAUUGUGGGACAGGAUUUCCGGUGACAAAGGUAUAAGUUGGUUUGGAAGGGUGAAGGAGAUUUCAUGUCUGCGUGAGGAACUAGGUAUCAUUUCUAAAGCAUUGUGUAUUUCUGAAGCAGGGCAUCUAAUUUCUCAUGGGUCCUUUGACAGUGAAGGGUGGUGUAAUGGUAAAGUAAAUGAUCAUUUUCACCACAAAGUUCCGAGUAAUCAUGUGACGCCGUCAUCCUCCCUCUCGGAAGAAAAUGGAAAACACAAUGAUUCUCAAGCUAAAAAGUUAGAGAAUUCGGAUCUGAGCCGAUUGAAGCACAUGUCAAAUGUUGAAUUAAUUAGCUACUAUAAUAAUGAGAUGACUAAGAUGAAGAGAAAUCAUGAAUCUAAAGUACAGGAGAUGACUGAAGACUAUUUCACCCUUAAGAGGGAAUAUUUGAGAGACAAGGGAUCUUUGCUUUCGAAGAAGGAUAAGGAGUUUGAUAUGUUGAGGAAAAAAAUCCCAGAGGUGAUUUUGAAAUUGGAUGAUAUUAUUGCAGAAAAUGAGAAAUUACCGACCUUUACAAGUAAUGCAGAGACUCUUGGUGGUUUGAAGGAAAGAAUGGAAAUGCUACUUGCAGAAAAUCGCCAGCUCAGAGAUUUUCUGGCAGAGAAGAAGAAGGAAGUUAAGGGUCUUUCAAGACAAGUUUCUGAUGGUGCGGAGAGAAUGUCACAUCACUCUUUAUCUGAGACAAAGUUAUUAAACACCAUCAGAUCUCUUAAAUCUUCUAUAGAAGAUCUUCGUAUUGAAGGUUCCAUUGGUGCAGAUGUAUUUACAUGUCUUCUUAAGGAAAUGGUGGGCCAAAUGAAUUGCAUGGCUGAAGAGUCAUUUUUGGAGUACAGUGUUAUGCAAGAGUUAUACGAAAGUAUAAUUAAAGAAGUUUCUGAUGCUCAAAUUACUAGCCGCUGUAAAAUUCAAGAUUCAGAUAUGCUGCCUAUCAUCAUGCUGGGGCUGACUGAAGCUAUUUAUAGAGAAUCCUGGAAAGAAGCCAAGGAUAAACUAAGUAUGUUAGACAUGCAAUAUAUUAAUGAAAAUGAAGCUCGAGUUUCCCUUGAGAAGGAAAUAUUUGAAAAAGGGAAAACACUAGAAAUAGAGGUAGCAGAGAAAGAAAGGUUAGAGCAAGAAAUAGUUUAUCAUGUAGAAGAAAAAAUGAAGUUGGCACAGGAUGCAGCAGCUGCAUUACAGAUUGAGAAGGAGCAAUUUCAAUUAGUUACUGAAGAAGUUGAAUGUUUAAGGCUUCAAAUAUGCGAGCAACAGACAUUGAUUUCAAAAAGCAGUACAGAAUCAGAUGUUAUGAAAAGUGAUUUGGCAGCAGCUUUGAAAGAUAUUGAACUGUAUAAGAAGAAUAUAUUCGAGUUAAAUAAAGAUUUGGAACGUAUAGCUAAAGAGUUAAUUGAAGCUGAUAAGGAGAGAAAAAUACUUCUGACUGUUACUCAGGAGAAGCAGAAUGCAGUGUCAUUGCAUGAACGGAAUGAAAGGGUGGUUAGGAAACAAAUGGAGGCAAUGGCUAUUCUUGUCAAGGGAUUAUCUAAAGCUGCUACUGAUUUUGAAUGUCAAGUAACAAAAGGCUUAUCAAAGCAUGAUUUGAGGUUGAAAAGUGUGAGUUCGCAAUCACGUUUGCUUAUUCAGAAAGCUAAUAUACUGAGAAGAACAGGCGUGCUUUACAAGCAGAGGCUUGACCGAAGAUGUUCUGACCUUCAAAAGGCUGAAGCUGAGGUUGAUGCUUUGGGGGAUGAAGUGGAUACUCUUUUGGGUCUUCUUGAGAAAAUAUACAUUGCUCUCGACCAUUACUCACCAAUAUUGCAACAUUAUCCUGGAAUUAUUGAGAUCCUGAAGCUGGUGAAAACAGAAUUAAGUGGAGGAGAGUCAACUAGACCAGUUUGAUCUGCAUAUCUGACUACUAAGCUUUGUGGAUGCAGAUUUUUGCUAUACGUUUGUUAAAACUACUAAAGAAUCCAAGAAAAUACUUGCACAGUUGAACCAAAGAAGAUAUACUAUAAUGUCACAUCUGGUUUUUUGGUCCGUACAGAAAGAAAGUUGAAGAGAAGACGAAAAGGCUUGGAGACCUUGGUUCUUGGUUUUGGUUUAGAUAGUUGCAUAUUCUUUUGUAUUGGAGCUCAGAGGAAAGCUUCCUUAUCUCCAAUAUCCACGAGUUUAGUUUCUCUUCCUGUUUUAAUAGUUGGUUCUUUUUUUUUUGCUGUUGUUCAUAUAGAUAAGCUGCAUUGUAUAUGUCUCUAGAGCAGAUGGGAAUUUAGCUUCUUACAGGGUAAUAUUCAGAUCAGCAGAUGCCGUUUUGCCUUU